AUGUCUGACACCCGGCGAGACCCCGUCGUUUGCCAUUGCCAAAGAUGCAAUCAACAGCGGUUCCGGCAAAAGGAUGGCAAUUGGGCACCCGGCGCCAUCGUCUCCUCAGCCACUAAAAUAAGCCAUGCUGCAGCCGAUACUCAAAUGGCAGCAAGAUUUGGAAUAUCUCGAGAUUCCGACAACGAUUCCAACGAUGAUUCCGACGAUGAUAUGGAUUCCGACAAUGAUAUGAAGGAUGUACGUCCUGACAGUGCCCAGAAAUCCCACCGCUCCGAAAGUCCUUGUUCCAGUCCCAUCCUAUCGGAUAUUUAUAAUUGUGACCAAUUCUACAAUUUCACCCUCAAGGAUGUCAAUCCGGCUGUUCUGCACAUCUCACUUUCGUCCGCGAUGCUAUCUGUUUUCGAUCAUGUAUCCGUUGCCACCUCGUCGUGGCUUUUGAAAUCUGGAAAAGACCUACUUACCCUCGCGGUCUCUGGCGGACUUGGCGAUCGUCAAAAUGAUGAGGGCCUCAAUGUGCUCCAACAAAACACUCUCAAUUCUCUUCCUUCAGAUAUUCGGACUGUUCUGGCCCGGCUGGAGAUUGAACCAACCCUAGUGACAGUC